AUGCAUUUAAACGCGAUAAAAAGGAGGAAGAAGAUGUUCAUUGUAAACAGGUUUAGACGACUGCUCGUGGCUGACGAUAAUUUCCCUUCAAUGAAUUCUCGUUUUAUUUCACGUGGGGGAAACCCUUUUCAAAAUCUGGAGAAGACGACGGUCCUCCAGGAGGCCCGUACAUUCAAUGACACUCCAGUGAAUCCAAGGAAAUGCGCGCACAUACUCACGAAAAUUUUGUACCUGCUGAACCAGAGCGAGCAGCUGAGCACCAUGGAGGCGACCGAAGUGUUCUUUGCCAUGACCAAGCUGUUCCAAUGCAGAGAUAUAGUCCUCAGAAGAUUGGUCUAUUUAGGCAUCAAAGAGCUGAGCUCCUUAGCAGAAGAUGUGAUUAUAGUCACUUCAUGUUUGACGAAAGAUAUGACUGGAAAAGGAGAUCUCUACAGAGCUGCGGCGAUAAGAGCACUGUGCACCAUCACAGACGGUGGAAUGGUAGCAGCUAUCGAACGUUAUAUGAAACAGGCUAUUGUAGAUCGAUCCCCUGCUGUGUCUAGUGCAGCCUUAGUGUCUUCCUUGCAUCUGAGUCGCGUAUCUGGGGACGUCGCACGCAGAUGGGCAAACGAGGCUCAAGAGGCAUUAAAUUCGAGCAAUGUAAUGGUUCAAUACCACGCUCUCGGCCUUCUGUAUCAGGCCCGCAAGACGGACAAACACGCUGUAAUUAAGUUAGUCUCAAAGCUUACGAGAACGAGUCCCAAAAGCCCUUACGCUGCGUGCAUGUUAAUACGAAUGGCGUGUAAAAUAUUAGAUGAAGUCGACGACGACGAGGAGCUGCUAGGAUUUAUUUCGUCUUGUUUGCGUCACAAAUCGGAAAUAGUCGUUUACGAAGCGGCGCACGCUUGGUUCAACCUAGGCAGGGUCGGUACGAAAGAGAUCACACCUGCUAUCAGCGUUCUUCAAUUAUUUUGUGGGUCUCAGAGGCCAGCGCACAGAUUCGCUGCUGUUCGAACGUUGAAUAAAGUCGCUAUGACACACCCUGGAGUGGUGACUGCUUGUAAUCUGGAUUUGGAGAAUUUAAUCACUGAUUCGAACAGAUCUAUAGCUACUUUGGCGAUUACUACUCUGUUGAAGACGGGAGCGGAGAGUUCCGUAGAUCGACUGAUGAAGCAAAUUGCCACGUUCGUCUCUGAGAUUUCAGACGAAUUUAAGGUCGUAGUUGUCCAAGCUAUAAGAGCUCUUUGUCAAAAAUUCCCUCGGAAACACGCGGUCCUGAUGAACUUCCUCUCUGCUAUGCUAAGAGACGAGGGAGGACCCGAGUAUAAAACCGCAAUCGCAGAUACGAUAAUCGCUGUGAUGGAAGUGAAUGCUGAGGCUAAAGAAGCUGGUUUGGCUCAUCUGUGCGAGUUCAUCGAGGACUGCGAGCACGUUUCUCUCGCGGUUCGCAUUCUUCACUUGCUCGGCGUGGAAGGAUCGACUUCUAAGCAACCGUCCCGGUACAUCCGGUUCAUCUACAAUCGCGUGAUCCUGGAGACUGCGAGCGUACGCGCAGCAGCGGUCACGGCGUUGGGACAUUUCGCCGCGACUUGUCCGCCGUUACUGCCGAACGUUUUAGUUCUCCUGUCUCGCUGUCAACUGGACUCGGACGAUGAGGUUCGAGAUCGCGCAGCUUACUAUUGCGCCGUCCUUCAGGAACAAUACGGCCCGACUCAUCUAUCUCUGAUACAGCCACCUCUUCUGUCGAUACCCAGUCUUGAGAGAGCUUUGCGAAAUUAUAUGCAAAGUACGAUGGAAGAACCGUUCGACAUCUCACAGGUUCCUCCUGCCCAAAUGAUUGAAGAACCACCGCAAAUAGAAGUUCACGCGACCGUGAAACCACAGCCUCGAUUAACGAGAGAGGAAAGUUUCAUGGAGAAAUUCUCGCAAAUACCGCAUUUGGCGGUGAUCACUCGCGAUUCCUUGUUACUCAAGUCAUCGCCCGUUUUCGAGUUGACCGAGUCCGAAACCGAGUAUAACGUGAAAUGUAUUAAACACACGUUCACGGACUUCCUCAUCCUGCAGUUCGAUUGCGUGAACACUCUUUCCGAUCAACUUCUCGAAGACGUGAGAGUUGCUGUCGAAUCAGAAAGUUACACAAUCUUGUUCGAGGUCCCAUGCCCGCGUUUACCGUACAAUGAACCAGGCACAACUUACACAGUAUUACGUUACCCGGCAGACGUUCGCGCUAGCGUCGCUACUCUUGCUACAACACUGAAGUUUAUGGCCCGCGACUGCGAUCCAGCGACGGGCAUCCCAGACGCUGAUCAAGGAUAUAAUGACGAAUAUAUGCUGGAAGAUUUGGAAGUGACUUUGGCCGAUCAAAUUCGUGGAAUCUGGAACAGGGAACUGGAUUUCAGUGCCGCAUGGGAAGCGGCCGCAGCGAAGGGUCUUACUAAUCUGGAGGAGACGUUCGCGUUGGGUCCAUCCGUUACGAGUCUAGAAGGAGCUAUUCAAAGCCUUAUGGGAUUUCUAGGUUUGGAAGCUGUCGAGCGAACAAAUCGAGGAAUAAAGCCUGGUGCCACCUCGCACACUCUGCUACUGAGCGGAAUCUUUCGAGGAGGAAAAGAGAUCCUGGCUCGAGCGAGAUUAGCGUUAUCGGGUAGCCAAGUUACGAUGCACCUUUCGGUCUUGUCUCAAGACCCGGAGAUUGUAGACUUAAUUAUCUCUUCUGUAGGAUAAAUUAGACCGACUAUGCACACAGACGUAUCGCGUAUCGAAUGAACUAUUCCUCCCAUCAGAGCCGAUUAUCCUCUGUACUAAGAACUUUUUAUUUUUAGUAUUACAAUAAGUAUAAUUUUAUGAGAGAAACAUUGUAAGAAGGGACUUUUGCUAAAUCCCUAUUUCUAUGUAAUACUUUGUACAUACGAUUAAAAGCGAUUGUUUAAAUAAAA